GAAUGACAAUUGCAUGAACAUGACUGAGGUGGUAUUUGCAUGGUUGCUGUCCCGGCCCUCGGCAGCUUCAUAAUCCCUUCGGCCCUUGAAAGAGGACCUUGAGCAGCCAUGGGAGGGUCUUUACGCUAUCCUUCCGACCUUCUAAAGCGUCUCUGUCAAUCAACAGCUCGUUCACCGACGGGCUGUCUCCGAAGAAGCAAUCAUCGGGUUGGACCUAUCAUCCCUAAACGCCAGUUCACUGUUUCCUCUACGUUAAAAACCGAGGUCUUCCACGAUGUUGCCGCUCUACGGAAAUACCGAAAAAACCUUCUAUUCAACAACCGCACAGUUGGCCUAGUCCCCACGAUGGGUGCACUGCACGAGGGGCAUUUAUCGUUAAUCCGCAAAGCUGCUGCUGAGAAUACGGAUGUCUUUGUGUCUAUAUAUGUCAAUCCUACCCAGUUCGGUGUCAAUGAGGAUUUGGACUCCUAUCCCAAAACAUGGGAGGCUGAUAUGCGACUCUUGGAAACCCUGGAUAAAGAGCUAGCUGCCUCUGGGGCUGGAAGACUGUCUGUCGUCUUUGCGCCGAGUACGAAGACCAUGUAUCCCACGUUGCCUCCGGACAGCAAUAUUCCCGGCAAAGGAUCGUUCGUUGAAAUGCGCCCUUUGGGCCAGCUUCUGGAAGGAAAGUCAAGACCUGUCUUCUUCAGGGGAGUCGCCACUGUUUGUAUGAAGCUGUUCAAUAUCUGCACACCGGACCGGGUUUAUUUCGGACAGAAAGAUAUUCAACAGACUGUUGUUAUCAAGAACCUUGUAAAAGACUUUCAUUUGGAUAUGGAUGUCAGGAUCGGCGCAACGCAGCGGGAAAGCGAUGGCCUUGCUCUGUCCUCACGAAACGUGUAUCUCGGUGCUCGACGCCGGUCGGUGGGCAUUGUGCUCAACCAGGCUCUGAGAAAAGCGGAGGCACACUUCAAAGAGGGGAAGAGGAAGCGCGACGAUAUCCUGUGGGCCGCUCAUGACCACGCGAAUAGUGUGAAACUUGCACAGGAAGAGCUGCCAGCAAACCAGAGAGCCUUAUUCGAGGUGGAUUAUAUCAGUUUAGCGGACCCAGAGACCAUGGAAGAGAUCGCCGAGGUGGACGAGACGAAAGGCGCCAUUCUGAGUGGAGCUGUGAAGAUGUUGCCUGUCGAGGAACCCCAGGAGGGUGAAAACCUGGGGGUUGGUGGUGGCCAGAUUCCCGUCCGGCUGAUCGAUAAUAUCGUGAUUGACCCCGUCCAGAAGCAGAGCUCGUCAUGAAAUCUGCAGUAUAUGAAAGAUAUAAAUGCAAUCGAUGCUUGGUCGCCACCCCUGUCACCCUUCUCUGUAGAGAACCCCGGUGUGAGCAAGCGCCAUUAACGUCUGCGAUUUGAGUGC